AUGCGCGCACCUUCCUUCCAGAUCCCCCACCACAUUCCUAUCCUCCUCCUUCCCGUUUGCGUUUGCAUGGGGCUGGACGUCGGCGAGAUCGGGAUGCCCCUCGACCUGGGCCUCGACCUCAAGCUCUUCGUCGCCAAGACCGCCGGCCGGCUCGCGAAGGAGGCGCCCGCCGUCGACGCCUGCAUCCGCGGCCUCGAGGAGGAGCGCCGCAAGAUCGAGGUCUUCCGCCGCGAGCUGCCGCUCUGCGCCCGCCUCCUCGCCGACGUGAUCGAAUUCAUGAAGGAGGAGGCGGCCAAGAGGAGCGAGCGCCGCGACGCCGACGACAACGACAAGCGGAAAUGGAUGAGCACGGCGCAGCUCUGGGUCGACACCCGCGCCACCGACGCCGCCGAUCCCGUCAAGGAGCAGAAGAAGGAGAGCUCGCUGUCCAAGCCGAUGCUGCUCGGCGGUGCCAUCGGUGCGCCGAUGGCAGUCAGCUGCCGUGCAAUGCCGCCGCCGGCGGCUCCCCAGUAUUUCGGCAGGGACGACAAGAUUGUUGGCUCACAAGGCCUGCUUGCUCUGCCCAUGAUUUCUCCGGCUGCGAACAGGCAGUUUUCUCCCCCUGCCGACGACCGUCAUCAGGCCUUCGCCGCAAAAUUUGCUGCCCCCAUGCCACCUCCGGGGCCUGGCUUGCAGACUCAUGACCAGCAGUCGAGGAAGACAAGGCGUUGCUGGUCGCCGGAGCUUCACCGGCACUUUGUUGCCGCCUUGCACCAACUCGGUGGCCCUCAAGUUGCUACUCCAAAGCAAAUCAGGGAGGUGAUGAAAGUUGAUGGCCUCACCAACGAUGAAGUGAAAAGCCACCUCCAGAAAUACCGUCUGCACAACCAGAGGUCCCCGAGCUCUUCUUCAGCCAGCCAUCCGAUUAUGCUGGUGGGAGAUCUCUGGGCUCAUCAGGAGCAAAGCAGCUCGCAGUCCCGGUCCCCUGAAGGCCCCCUUCAGCUCUCUGUUUCAGGGGUGGCCGUCUCGGCACUCACCGUCAGCGACAGUUCCGAGGAAGAUGACAGGUCGGUAGGCUAUAGCCGGAGGUGA